GGCCAUGAUUUGUGCCGCUAGGAAACGCUAACUUCCGUUGUGCAGCCCGCAGCCAACCGACCAAGCCAGCCAAUGACGGACAUUUGUCAGGCAUCUUACAGUGGGCGAGUGACAUCACCGAUCCCAGAGCGCAACCUGAGCCCGCACAGAUCGAGCGGCCGGCACUGUCGAGAAAAGCAGAAUCAGGAUGGCGGUAGUCUUCUCUGGGAACAUGUCGCCACCCACGCUGCGCCCGGCACUCUGCGAAGAUGGAAAUGAGCAGGCGCACAGCCCUGCUCCGGGGAACACCGCGCGCAUCAAUCAAGCUAGGCGCGAUUCGGCGGCCGCCCCAGUACACUGUUCGCCGCCGACAGAAUCUCGCCAAACGCGCAACCCACGCUGCAAUUCGCCCGGUCGCCCUACAACUACCUUCCCGUUCCUCCCAUCGAGUCGCCGAGCUGGCUUGACUGCCUGGAACCGCCGAUCGAUUCCGGGUUCGAAAGACCCGCGGCGAGACUCUGCAGCGGGCGAACCCCAACUCGACAUACACAUACAUACACAAGGGGGGAUCGCCACAAGAGUCCCCGACCAACCCGACCAUGCAAGGAGAUUCGAGCCAUUCAAGCCGCGCCGAGCCUCCUUCUACCGCCGGUGGUCCCGCCAGUCUGGCCAGUCCCGACAUUGGCCUCAUUUUCGACCUCGCGCCCGUCGCCUUGCUCAUCCUCACGCCCGGCCGGCGCAUCACGAGGGCCUCGUCCCACCUCCUGGCCGAGUGGCGCGUGGCCGCCCAUAGCUGCGUGGGCCAACAGCUCCUCUCCUUCGUCGAGAAGCAGCUGCAGCCCCCCCGACCCGACCACCUCGCCCACUUGACCUCCGCCAUCGACGACGCCAUUGCCGCCCGAGCCGAGCGCACCAGCAGGCCCAUCAAUGCCAGGCACGCCGUCUCCUGGAAGGCCCGCGUCGUCCCCGUCUUCAACGGCGACGAGCUGCUGUCCGUCGCCCUGGAGUGGCACCAGGGCCCGCCCGUGCAUCUGGAGGACGAGCUGGUGCAGCCGGGCCUCUCGGCCCACGAGGCCUUCCAAAUAUUCGUGCAAGCCGUGAAGGACUAUGCCAUCUUCCUCCUCGACACCAAGGGCAUCGUCGUGACCUGGAAUACCGGCGCCGAGCUGCUCAAGGGCUACACGCGGGACGACAUCGUCGGCAAGCACUUCUCCGUCUUCUACGGCCAGGAGGAUCUCGACAUCAAGAAGCCCGAGAUGGAGCUCGAGAUGUGCCUGCGCCAGGGCCGCGUCGAGGACGAGGGCUGGCGAUACAGGAAGGACGGCAGCCGCUUCUGGGCCAACGUGACCAUCACGGCCGUCUACCAGAACGGCGUGCACGUCGGCUUCGGCAAGGUCACACGCGAUCUCACGGAGCGCAAGUCGGCCGAGUCGCGCCUCAUUGCCGCCUACGAGGAGAGCGAGAGGCUCAAGUCGGACUUCCUGGCCAACAUGAGCCACGAGAUCCGCACGCCCAUGCACGGCAUGCUGUCGGCCUGCACCCUGCUGCUCGACACCCCGCUGUCGCCGAGCCAGCGCGACAUCGUCACCAUCAUGGACGAGUCCGGCCAGGUGCUGCUGCAGGUCAUCAACGACAUUCUCGACUACUCCAAGCUCACGUCCGGCAGCUUCACGAUGCACUCCGACAUCGUCGGCAUCACGAGCAUCGUCACGUCGGUCGUCCGCAGCGCGCAGGCUGGCCUGCCGCCGUCUGUGCACUUCGAGCUCUUCCUGUCGCCGGACCUGCCCCGGUCCGUCCAGGGCGACCCCUUGCGCUACCGCCAGAUCCUGCAGAACAUUGUGAGCAACGCUGUCAAGUUCACCGACAAGGGCACCAUCCGGGUCUGCGCCUCGGUGAAGGAGGAGGACGAGACCAGCUCCACGAUCCUCACCGAGGUGACCGACACGGGCAUCGGCGUGCCCGAGCACGCGACGUCCAACCUCUUCAUGCCCUUCACCCAGUUCGACGCGACCACCACCAAGCAGUACAAGGGUACCGGCUUGGGUUUGUCGAUCGCGAAGUCGCUCGCCGAGCUGAUGGGCGGCAGGAUUGGGUACCGGCCCAAUCCGGACCGCCAGGGCAGCGUCUUCUGGUUCACCGCGCGGUUCAACAAGAUCAAGAACAUGGAGCAGGUUAAGAGCACGAAGGAGGACGAUCGAGUGGGCUGGCCGCUGCCAGAUGCCCACGUCGAGAGCCUCGUGGAGGAGCUCCGGAUGGUGUCGUCGACCAAGAGCCUGCUGGUGGUCGAGGACAACCUGAUCAACCAGAAGGUCAUGCUUGGCAUGCUGCGGUCCAUCGGCUUCAGGAACAUCUCGCUGGCGUCCAACGGCAUCGAGGCGGUCCGUAUGGUGCGCGGCAGGCCCGCAGCAUAUGAUGUAGUACUCAUGGACGUCAACAUGCCCAUUAUGGACGGCCACGAGGCGACCAGGCACAUCCGUGCGGGUGGCAUCCUCGUGCCCAUCGUGGCCAUGACGGCCUACGCGCUGAAGGGCGACAGGGAGCGGUGCAUCGAGCACGGCAUGAACGAUUACAUCGCCAAGCCGGUCAACAAGCAGCGGCUGAUCAUGGUGCUAGCCAAGUGGCUGCUGCGGAAGACGAACUAUCGGAAAAACUUUGAGGAACGCAUCUCUGAGCUGACGCGGUACGAGGAGGUCACCGCGCGCGAGAUGCUUGGGAGCGACCAGCCGGCGAAAGCCGAUGCGGACGGGGCGGUGCCUGCAGUCUCUGGUCUGGGUCCGGGUCCAGUUCCAGUUCCGCCGAUCAAGGCGGCGGCGAGGGCGGAGGAGCCCGGGGAAGCAGCGGGCGCAGUUUUGCCGACUGCCUUGCCGGCUGCCGAGGGGCCGCAGAAGCUGAUGCCGCAAGAUGACGAGGUGCAACAACCCCAUGAGGAGAAGGCCGAUGCGCCCCCGUCAACACCAAGCCUUAGCGGCCGUGCCAGCAGUGAUACCCGAGAGUCUGCCAGCACAACGGACGCUUCCGAAGUCAGCGAGAUGGGAACAGAGCAGCCUUUGGUCACCGUGCUGCCAGGCAGCAAGGGCGACGCGACGGCGGAUGUUCGUGAGCUUCCCCAACACCCCUCGCCGACCGGGGAGCAUCAGAUAUUGCUGUUAGGCGGCAGGGAUGGCGAGCCGCAGACUGGCACAUGAUUCACGGGACACCGCAGAUUACUGAAGUGGUGCAAAGCCUCCACACCAACCUACCCCACCACACUCAGAAGCAAGUGCGUGAGAUGUGCCCGCAAGGAAGGUCGUCUCCGUCUGGGUAGACGAAGGAGGUGUACGUCGAGUGAUGGGAACGAUGUCUCCUCAACAGGCAGACAUACGGUUCAGAUGUGUCUAGUGGUGGCGUGGCGCCACGACAUCUCACAACAAGAGCUCAAGAGCUCGCAGCCCCGUCGUCUGGGCAGACGUAGUAUAACAAGAGGAGGGACUCAACAGCCCUCCAGAAGAAGGAAAACCACCGUUGUGGUGCGUCUGUCUUCGUGUGUGAUGGCUGUGUCUUGAUGCUUGAAGACAUGCUUGAAGAGAGAGAA